AGCGGUGGGUGGAGCGGCCGCGUCUGCCGUUCGCGGGGACCGCGCGUAUGGACAUGUGCCCGCCAAGGCGUUCACCAAUCACGACACGGCCGCGUGACCUUCGCUGACCCGGCACGCGGUCAGCUGACGAGUGGCGUGACCUUUGUGCUCGCGGAUCAGUUGGGUUUGCAGCGGCGUGGUGGUGGAUUGGCGCUCGCACCUGCCGCCGAGAAUGUGCUCCACAGCCUGGGUGUUGCAUUCGGCUGCUUUACUCCUCUUCCUUGUGGAGGUGGCUCACUGUCUGCAGCUGUAUGAGGUGAUCAUUCCGCGCAACAUCCGGAGAGGGGAGGACGCCUAUCUGGCCUGUCUGUACGACUUGGAGGGCAAGGAGCUGUACUCCAUCAAGUGGUACAAGGACGGCAAGGAGUUCUACCGCUACGAGCCCUCCACCCGGCUGCGCAAGAAGAAUUUUCCACAGACUGGCAUUCGGGUGGAUUUGGACCAGUCGAACGCGACGCACGUGCUUCUGGGUGACACAACGCUGCGGUACGCGGGUCGCUACAUGUGCGAGGUCUCCACCGAGGCGCCCAACUUCGCCACCCAGCAGGGCAAGGGAGACAUCCACAUCGUGGUGCUGCCGUCCGAGGGGCCGAUCAUCACGGGCGGCCGGUCCCGGUACGCGCUCGGCGAUCAGGUCAAGGUCAACUGCACCUCGCACAGGAGCCAGCCGGCCGCGCAGCUCAUGUGGUACAUCAACCACGAACAGGCGGCCCUGUCGCACCUGAGGCUCUGGCCGCCCACCAUCGACGAGGAGGGCCUGCAGACGGCGACGGUGGGCCUGCAGUUCCGCGCGCGGCCGCACCACUUCCAGCGCGGCACGAUGCAGCUCAAGUGCGUCUCCCAGCUGGCGGACCUGGCGCGGCCGCUGUACUGGCGAAGCCGCGAGCUCAGCGCCGUGGCCGCACGGCCGCCGGAAGUCUCGCGCGUCGUGGACGGCGCUUCCUCCGCCCGCCACAACUCGAGCUGCGCCCUCUGCCAGGAGGUCGCCCGCUGGGUGAUAUUCGUGGUGAGCCUCAUCCUCGCCCGGUGAAUGUAAACCGAAUAUAUCCGACUGGAGACGGCUGGAGAGCGCCCCCGACCGAGCCACGUCCCCAGCUAGAAAGAGCGCCCGACUGAGCCACGUCCCCAGCUGGAGAGGGCGCUCGACCCAACCACGUCCCUUGCUAGAGAAGGUGCUGGAGUGAGUCGACUCCGGCUGGAGAGGGCGUCCGACUGAGCUGCGUCCUUUGAUAGGGAGAGUGCGCGACUGAGCCACGUCCCCUGCUGGAGCGGGCAUUCGACCGAACCACGUCCCCAGCUGGAGAGGACCCCCGACUGAGCCGCCGCUCCCGUCGUGUGCUGGCCGAUGUCCGCCAAAGUUCACCGCCGCCGCCGCCGCCGCCGCCGCCGUCGCCG